CAACAUCGAUCAUGUCACCAAUGUUUACAUCGGUCUCUCUUUCGAGCCAUUCUUGCCCAAUUCAACGGCCAUUGCAGCUCGACAGGAACAUUUCCUCCUGGGACUUGAGCCCCACGUAAACGUCAUACUGGUUUCCCAUAGAAAUUGGCCCAUAAAACGUUCCCUUCCUCCAAUUCUAGACGUCCCGAUCCUCCAUCAACACCAACAAAACAAACAACAACCCACCUAUACAUCCCACCACCUCUCCGCCGCCAUGAAGAUCGCCAUCACCGGAGCCCGCGGCACCGUGGGCAAGGAAGUCGUCCGCCUCUGCGCCAACCAAGGCCACGCCACCGUACAAAUCAACCGCACCCACCAAGACCCCGACACCUCCACGCCCAACACCGAGAUGCGCACCGCCGACGCCGCCAACGACUACGACGCCAUUCUCAAAGCCUUCAAGGGCUGCGACGCCGUCAUCCACCUGGCCGCCAUCCCCGACCCCGUCGACAAGGACGACCACCUGGUGCACAGCAACAACGUGUGCGCGGCCUUCAACGGGAUGCGCGCCGCCGCGGAGCUGGGCAUCAAGAAGUUCUGCUACGCUUCCUCGGUCAACGCCAUCGGACUGGUUUACUCGAACCAGCCGUUGAGCUUUGAUUACUUCCCCAUUGACGAGGAGAUUAAUCAGGAUCCGACGGACGCGUACGCCCUGGCUAAGCAGGAGGCGGAGACGCAGGCGAGGUCCAUGGCGAGGUGGUUCCCGGGCAUGAAGAUUGCGUGCUUGAGGAUUCAUCAGGUGGCGCCCAAGAAGGAUGUGGAGAAGGAUUAUCGGGAGAGCAACGAGAAGGCUGUCAAGCAGCUUUGGGGGUGGGUGCAUCCGCAGGCGACGGCCAGGGCGUGUUUGGCGGCUGUGGAGAACUCGGAUGAGUUUGAGGGGGCGGAGGUGUUUAAUGUGGUUAGUCCCGAGAGGUGUGUGGUGGGUGAGGAUGCCAAGUUGAGUAAUGAGGAGCUGGUCAAGAAGUAUUGGCCGGGUACCAAGAUUAAGGGGGAUAUGUCGGGGAACAAGGGGUUCUGGAAUGUGGAAAAGAUUGAGCGGGUGUUGGGGUGGAAGCAUGAGGAGAAGGAGUGACUGCACUCGGGGAGCAAAUUGUGAUGGUUGCUUGAUGGCUAGCAUGCGUUUAUGAAUAAUG